GAUGUUAAAAUAUCUAAAUUAUGUACAUACACCUGGUGUAUGUGCAGAGCAAAGAAGGGAUUUAACGGUGCGGUACUAUAACGAUACGGUUUGUUUCAAGAAUUAAACACUUUCUUUUACUUUACGAUGUGAUUACAAACAUAAUAUACAUGUACGCGUAACUUGAUUUACAUAGUCAUUUUCAAAUGUCGAUGUUAACUUAAAGUCAUUUGGAAAUCUAAAAUAUUUAGUGAAACUAUGAAUAAUACUACAGAAUGUGAUCCAAACGAUAUUCCUUCUGUUGCUUCAUAUCUGCAAGCAACUGAUGUCUAUGGCAUUAUUCUCAUAUGUCUGAGUACUUUGGUUCUUAUUCUUGUCAGCCUCACGUUUGUGGACACUCUCAGGCAUGUUCUGAGACACACCUCAUCUAAAGUGAAAGCAAAUACCGUUUGCGUGAUUGCAAUUUAUCCGGCAACAUGUAUAGCUAGUUAUUUAGUUGUUAUUGUACCUAGGGCUCAGCUCAUAUCUGAGGCCUUAAUACAAUGGAUUGUGAUGUGUGGAUUGUACCAACUGAUCUGCUUGUAUGUAGGCUAUUGCGGCGGUCAAAAGCAAAUGAUAAAAAAUCUAGAGAAUCACAAGCUAAGCAUCAAAGUGGGACCUUGUUGUUGCUGGCCUUGUUGUGCUUUAGUACCUACUUUUGAUGUCACUAAGAGAACUGCAACUAACUUGAAACUUCUAGUUUUACAAUUACCUAUUGUACAGGGACUCAUUUACAUCAUAUUACUCGUCUUAAAUACAGAAGAAAAGGAGACCUAUGAGACUUAUUACAAAUACCUACAACCGUUCUUAAUAAUAUCCAUACUUCUUGGAAUAUGGGGCCUAUCAAUGACAAUAAAUAUUCUAAAAGAUGUCUUGGAUCCACAAUUUCUCAUUAGCAAAAAAUUCUUUCUACUGCAAUUAGUAAUUAUUUCCUCCAAAUUGCAAGCAUUAAUAUUGAAAUCUUUAGUUUGGACUGGAACGUUACCUUGCAAUACGCCUCUGACUUCAACGACAUAUGCAAAUUUAAUACAUAACUCAUUCUUGAUGGUGGAAAUUUUCUUUCUGGGACUUUGGGCAAGGAGUAUAUAUAAAAAGGACAUUCCCGGAGUAACAAAGCAAAAGCCACAACUUUGUUUCAUAGAUGCCUUCAAGAAUUUUAACAAAAAACCUGAAAAGAAUCACAACGAACAAGAAGCAUACGACAAUGAAGGUUGUGAUUUUAAUUAAAAUAUGGUAUUUAUUAUAAUUAAUAAAACUACAAUAAACAAUAGUACAAUAAA